CAUUCUUGACAGAGAAAGAUUCUCUGUUCUUGGUCAUUAAAUUACACACGGAAUAGUAGUAUAUUGACAAGACUGAAUCAAUUUGUCUUUAAAGCAGAAAACAUAAGUUCUUGCAAUGCCUAAUAACGAUAAAGAUCCGGAGGCUGUACAAAAAAAUAAUGAACGCAAUGCGAAUGCGAUAGAAAGCACCCAAGCUGUAGCCGCCGCUACAGAGGCAUUAAUUGCUGCCGCUGUAGCCGGUACUAAAUCUGCACCAAACGCCAAUAAUAAAGAUUCUGGAUCGGAUGAUUUGGAGAAGAAACGUGCUGAUUCGAAAUCAACUUCGGCAGGAUUACUCAGAAAGCAAGGGUUGUUGCAGGUGCUCUCCGAGGUUGCAGCUGCUGGAAGACAAUCAAAACAAUUUGCGUUUUGGUCUACACAGCCGGUGCCCAAAUUGAAUGAAGAUAUCACUACAAAUGAAUGUAUCGAACCCGAUAAAGAUAUUUCGGAAAUUCGCCCUGAUCCAUACACCUUGCCAGAAGGUUUCAAGUGGGAUACUCUCGAUUUGAAUAGUACCACCGAUUUAACGGAAUUAUAUACUCUGCUAAAUGAAAACUAUGUGGAGGAUGAUGACGCCAUGUUUCGUUUUGAUUAUCAACCAGAAUUUCUCAAGUGGUCUUUGCAACCACCCGGAUGGAGGCGUGAUUGGCAUGUGGGUGUGCGUGUUGUGAAGUCAGGUCGUUUGGUGGGGUUCAUAUCUGCCAUUCCCAGCAAGUUGAAUUGCUAUGAUAAAGUGCUCACAACGGUUGAGAUUAAUUUUCUAUGCGUUCAUAAAAAGUUACGUAGUAAACGAGUGGCACCUGUACUAAUACGCGAAAUUACUCGCCGUGUGAAUUUAACGGGGAUUUUUCAAGCAGCUUAUACAGCGGGAGUAGUGUUACCUAAACCAGUAUCUACAUGUCGCUAUUGGCAUCGCUCAUUGAACCCCAAGAAGCUUGUUGAGGUAAAAUUUUCACAACUUGCACGUAAUAUGACUAUGCAACGGACCAUAAAACUAUACAAGUUACCCGAUCAGCCGAAAACCAAAGGAUACCGACGUAUUCAACCCAAGGAUAUGGACAAGGCACAGAAACUACUCGAAGAAUAUCUCAGAAAAUUCUCCUUGAGCCCAGUUUUUUCCAAAGAGGAAUUCCGUCACUGGUUUACUCCGAAAGAAGGUAUCAUCGACUGUUUCGUUGUAGAGGAUGAACAUGGGAACAUUACCGACAUGACUAGUUAUUACUGCUUGCCAUCUUCGGUUAUGCAUCACCCUGUACAUAAGACUGUACGUGCUGCCUAUUCUUUCUAUAAUGUGUCCACAAAGACACCAUGGUUAGAAUUGAUGAAUGAUGCUCUGAUCUCAGCGAAGAAUAUUAACUUGGAUGUUUUUAAUGCACUUGAUUUAAUGGAGAAUAAGAAUUUUUUGUUUCCUUUGAAAUUCGGUACGGGUGAUGGCAAUCUACAAUAUUAUCUGUACAAUUGGCGUUGUCCAGCUAUGAAGCCGGAAGAUGUGGCGCUCAUUUUGAUGUAGUUGACAUGUGUUAAAGAAAACUGCAAUACAAAUGCUCUAAGCGACAUUCAAAAUACAAAAUUCAGCACAUAACACGAAUAGACAAAAAUAAAGGUUCUAGUACUAUUAUUUUCGCCACAACAAAAACUAAUAAAACGUAGUAGUUUGCUUCAUUAUUCAGUGCACAAACAAUAUAACGAAAAAUAGUUGUUGUACAACCAGGAAUAUUACAACAACACAAUUGGCACUGGGAUGAUUUAUAAUGGAUAACCUUAAACGGCAUAUGUGGUAAUCAAAGUUGUGUUGAAACUUUUGAGAUGCCUUAGCAGCUUAGGUAAUCAUUAUAGCACAACAAAGUUACACAAAUGAAAAAGAAAACAAUACAUACGCAUGUACAUAUGUACAAAUUUUUCCGACUUAUAUAUACAUACGUAUAUAAUAGAAAAAUAUUUUUCAUCCCCACCCUACAUAUUUCUUUCUGCCGUAGCGACACUAAUUUAAUAUUUUUGCUACACCUAUUUAAUAAAUAGAAUGAAUUUGUAAAAAUCUCAUGGUGACGUAAUUUCGAAGAGUGCAAUCCUUGGUUUCCGUUUAACUCUGGACCACUAUUCAAACCACGAAUAAAAGCAAUAAAAUUAAAUUCACCACUGGUUCUCUAGAUUAUUUGGUUGAAUAAAUAAGAAAAUAGUUAAUAAGUCUAAAAGCAUUACAAAACUGUACGGAGUGCAUUCCGUAAAGUUCAUAAAUAAAAUUCUUUUGAAAACCUGACACUUGAAA